UCCAUUUCUCAAUUCAGUUUAACAUCAUGGCCAACAAUCUUAUCUCCACCACCUUCAUAGUCAUACUUUUCUCCCUCGUCCUCGCCGGAAAAUCACAACCAUUCUCGACCAGCUUACCACGAUCAACACUCCGACUUGGAAGACAAAACCUAACACGCCUCCACUUCUUCUUCCAUGACGUAGUUGGGGGACCAAAUGCAACCGCCAUUCGGGUGGCUGCAGCCCCCAUUACCAACACGUCGGCCUCUGGAUUCGGGGCGGUUGUCAUGAUGGACAACCUCCUUACAGUGGGGCCCGAACCAAACACUACACGGGUAGGAAGAGCUCAAGGGAUGUACGCGUCAGCAGAUUUGAAUAACAUGAGUUUUAUGAUGGUCCAAAACUAUGUGUUUGAUGAAGAAAGGUUUAAUGGAAGCACUUUGAGUAUAUUGGGCCGGAACCCUAUUUCAUCUCCGAUGAGAGAGUUUCCGGUAGUCGGAGGAACUGGUGUUUUCCGAUUUGCUCGUGGGUAUGCCGAAGCUAGGACUUUUUUCUUUAAUGCAACUAAUGGAGAUGCCAUUGUGGAGUACAACGUUUAUGUUCUUCAUUAAUUUCCUAUUUUCAAUCUUGCUUUUAAUUUAAACUUCUUUAUUUUGUCAUACAAUAAUGUUAAAUCGGUUAUGAUCUGUAUGUUUUAUAAUAAUUCAAUAAAUAUUUUUGGAAUUUAA